GACUUGUCACACUAACCCCGGGAAUUGUCCUACAUCUGACUAUCCGCUGAAAUGGCACCAAAGAAGGACCCUAAGGCUCCCGUCAAGAAGGCCGAGCCCGCAGCAGCAGCUCCAGCCCCGGCCCCGGAGCCCGCACCUGUUCCCGUAGCAGCUCCCGCUGUCGACCUGUCCGCCGUAAAGGUGGAAUUUAGCGCAGACCAGAUUGAAGACUACAGGGAGGCCUUCGGUCUGUUCGACAGAGUGGGUGACAGCAAGGUGGCUUACAACCAGAUCGCCGACAUCAUGCGCGCCCUGGGACAGAACCCCACCAACAAGGAGGUGAACAAACUGCUGGGAAACCCCUCCGCUGAUGACUUGGUCAACAAGAGAGUGGACUUCGAGUCUUUCCUGCCCAUGCUCCAGACCAUCAUCAACAGCCCAAACAAGGCCCAGUACGAGGACUACGUUGAGGGUCUGCGCGUCUUCGACAAGGAGGGCAACGGCACAGUGAUGGGUGCUGAGCUGCGUAUUGUCCUGUCAACACUGGGAGAGAAGAUGACUGAGUCUGAGAUCGAUUGUCUCAUGGCAGGACAGGAGGACGAGAACGGCUGUAUCAACUAUGAGGCCUUUGUCAAGCACAUCAUGUCCGUGUAAGGACCCUGCCACUGAGGCGGGUGACCAUCGUACAUGUGCAGACCCCAUGGUGUCACGACAUCCACUCACUGUUUCUGCUACAACCUGAGGAAGCAGGGGGAACAAAGGACUAUGAGAUGUCAUUUCCUGAAACCUUUUGCUUUUGUUCCAAACUUUAUUUUUUUCUCGUAUGUCCAACUGGUGCUUUCAUUUUAUUUUUUUCCUCUUGUGGGAUCCGUUCCUACCAGAUGUCCUUCACCAUCUUCACCCAGUUCUCAUCGGGGAUAUUUUUUUCUUUUUUCUUUUGGGAGUCGUCACUGGUUUUUACUCUCUGGCUGGCGCUCGAGCCGCCAGUGAAGUGACUGAUUUGGCCCAGGACUGGCAACCAUCAAAAAUGAAUCCACUCCUCCCCCCAAGCCCUUCCCUAAGUCUUAACUUAUUGUAGCCACUGCCAUUUCACAAUAAAUUUUCAAAAACUCCCAUUUCA